CACAAGUGCUGAGCACGGCAACAAAUCUGCUAUGUCAGCUGGGUGGUCCGCACCGCCAGACGUAUAAGUUUCUCCAGCACGAUUUCAGUAUGUAGAAUACCGACUCUCCCGAGAUUAAAAAGUGACGAACGUAAGAAUGAAAACGCAUCUACAGAACAACUCCGCAAGGAUUAUACUCAUAACUGCUGUCACGACAAAAACCUAAACGAUAAGACAAACGAGACUUUCAGCUACAACUUCGGCAGCGCCGGCCCCCUUGACAACCGCUGGAUUCAGAUGUUUUUCAUUUGUUUGCCAGUGACAAGCACAACUAAAUUUCGUAUACCGGAAAUGGCAAAAUACAAAUAAUACUGAACUACUGAUUAAACAAGAACUACCUAAUUAUGUAAAGUGAUGAAAAAAUUUGGAACUGAAAAAAAUAGUGAUUUUAAUAUCUACUGGUUUACUCCGUCACAACUGAAGCUGGAGAAAAUCGCUUUAAAAGUGAACAAGGGCCAGAUAUAGUAAGCAACAGCUACAAAUACCGAGAUGGAAGAUAAAAGCGCUAUGAGUAGCAACUGUCAUGAUCCACCUCCUUAUUUUGCUCCGGUCAGAGCAACACCGAAACUCAUCCAUGAUGACGCGAAUGACGAUACUGGGGUGAAAAAGCUACUGGAAAAGUCCUUAAUAAUGAUCAACAGGGCCGACUCUUGUCUUGGCUACUACGAUGUAACUCUCAGGGAUGGCACAUCAGGCACCAUCGUCAGAACAGCUCCAGAUACCCAGAUGGGCAACCAAUCUGACCAUACCAAAGACAAUUCAUCUAACAUAUCGGAAACAAGUUCUCUGUCUAUCCCAGCCCUUCCACCCCCACCCACUCCCCCUCCCCCUCCUCCUCCUCCUCCUCCUCCUCCUCCUCCACCACCACCACCACCACCACUACAGCCACCACCUGUACCUCGGAUAAGCAAUGGAAAUCAGUGCAUCAUGAGUGAUAGGAAAGAACUCGAUAAAAGUAUUUUAAAGCCAGCGAGCAAAGGAAGUGGUGCCGUAUCCCCUGGCGCCCAGAGACCAGGAAGACGACACCACCUCAUUGACAUCCACGGGCUGGCCAUCUUUCUUCGCCAGUCUACGCGUUGCCUCUCGUGUAAGGGAGCAUGCUGCCUCUACGUCACAGGAGCUAUAUCGGCACAGCUUGGAGCAAUCACCAAGGUCAAGAUAACAUGUCAAGAUUGUAACUACACUGCGUCACAAUCCCUCCUCCGACCAAGUCAGCUACCGGACGAUAUGGGAACAUCUCAGUUCAUGCUAUCAUCUGAGACCCCAACAUCAACGCCCCCAUCUAAAACCCCCAGUCCCCACCACCCUACAUCUCCCAUGGAACCUCUUCCUACGCCUGAUACCAAUUCACACGUUCUGGGCAAGAACUCUAAAAAGACAGCAAAGAAGAACACCGGAAAAUGUACCAAAUUAACAGGAAAAGUAGUCAAGGAUAAAUCUAUCUCAGAGACGCAAUUAAAUUGUUCUGCAUUACCUUCAGUACCAUUUCCUUUGGGUGAAUCCCUAAGGCUCCUCGAUAAUGUAAUGGCGAAAGAGCUUCCAUCACUACCUCUUAAAGAUUCUCUGUAUAAAUGCAGCCUCCCUACAACUUGUGGGAAGGACAUGGUGGAGUCUUCAGAAGUGAACAACUCGAAAGAUAAUUCCAAAGUCGAAUGGAUUACAAACCAUUUUCCAUGGGUAAAGAAAGAAAGCUCAUCCUCCCCAGAAAGCAUCUUACCCGAUAUUUCUUGUGAUUCCAAUCUGAACAACUUUGGAAACAUCUGUGGUGAUGCUUCAUGCUGUCCAAACGAUACAGAAACUUCUCUGUGUCCUGUGACUGGUAUUUUAUCAGCAAACAUCGGCAAUCUGUCCAACAUAAACAACCUAAAUAAAGACUCUUUUCAAGAAUUAUCACAGGGCAACACUUCAGUCAAGUUUGAAGAAUUUUCAGCGAGCAUGAAAAAGGACUGUAACCAAAAGAAAAGAAACAACCCCAUCAGUGCAUCGUAUCUUGCCGAACUGCUUCAGUCAGACUUAAAAAAUACACCUCAGAACUUAUCUCCUUGUUCUCUAUCUUCAUCUCAGUCCAUAUCCUGUAGUCAUUCUUCUUGUACUCCAGUACAGUCAUCACUGGAAUCAUCAGUUGAGAACAAGCAUCCUGCAUCCUCCCUCCUUAAACUUCUUGAAUCACCCAUACUAGCGCCAGCUUUGUCCUUUAAUUCUCAUAUUUUUCCCCAAGUCAGUGAAUACAACUAUCAGCAAUCACCCCUGUCUACAGAAUCAGAUAUAUCUUCUCCAGCGAAAGAAAGACUACCUGAGAACAUUGAGGACUCUCUCCAGCUGGUCAGACAGCUGAUCUACAGUGUUAAAAUACCUCCACAAACAAAAGUUCCCUUGAAAACAGAUAUGAAGGAAAGUGAUACCAGAACAACAGAUGAAGGUAUCAACGUACCAAAAGGAUACGAUGAUAUAGGAUCCCUUUUUUCUUUAUAUAAAAGUAGAGAGCACGAACAAGAUUCAGGCAAACUUAUAAGUGAGAGCUACAUGAAUUAUUUACAAGAAAAAGACACAACUACCUCUGAAGAUGACUCUUGUGCUAACGAACAACUACACAAAGGCAACAUUAAAUUAAACAAGGAGUACAGUAUAGACAAGAUGCUUCCUUCCAAACAAAAAACAAAAAAUCCUUGUUGUCGCAGCAACACAAAAAACACUGCUGGAGAAAAGAAACAAAAUCCAUCUCAAAUAAUCAAUGUAAAUCAAAACGAACAAGACCUUCCUUUGACCACUGCAAAUUCUGAAGUAGAUAAAAACAACACAAAUUUUAAAUCGCCACCAAUUUCUUUACAAGAACAAUGUAAUGAGGACACAAUCCCUAGCAUAAAGCGGCCAAAGAUAACACUGAAAUUAAGAAAGAGACGCUUUACAGACAGAGGCAUACUGAAGUUGAAACACACUCAAAGACGAAUGAGAACGAAUUCAGUUUCCUGCCAUUGUUGCUAUAAUGCAAUGUACCGAAAAAAGGGGUUAAAGAAACGCUCACGCAUAUUCUCACAAAAAGUUAUUACUAAGGAGAUCAAACUACUUGCUUCUGAGAGUGAAAGUUCUAGUCCUUCAAGGUGCAAAAACAAAGAAAUCUCUGAGAGCAGAAAUGUUGACAUCUUAAAUGAGUAUUCACCAAGUACCAAUGUGCAAGAGUCCGAAGAAAAUGCCAAUGUCUAUAUGGAUAAUAUACAAAAGAAAAACUGGAAACCAGAGCACCCAAACAACUACAAGAGAAGGAGACUUGACUGCGAAAACGCUGAACAAGUCAAAAAGAAAUAUUGGAGAGAUAUUGAAAGUCUAGAAUUCCAUGCAAUGGACACCUGGAUGACUCAUGAGGAAACGAGCUGUCAAGAUAAGAAUAAGAAGUAUCCUGGUGGAGAUUCGAACGAAUGUAGCUCUGAGUAUGUGCAGGAUUCCACUAAGUUGGGGAGAUUUCAUGAUCUUUUGAAGAGUGAAAGCGAUUCAUCCGAUUCUGAAGAAGAGAAGCUGACUAUAGACCUUGGGGGACACUGAACAAAAGUAGCUCCAACCACGAUACAAAAGUUCCUUGUCAUGAAACAGAGACAACGUACAUUCUAUACUAUGAAGAGAUUCGCAUGAUAGCUGGAGGAGUGAUGAUAGGCUUGAUACGUGACAGAGUGUAUUGUAAAAAUGAUACAGAUUGCUACAGCAAAGUAUUCAUUUACACAAUACUGGGCAGACAAUUCUACCUUGUCAAUUCUUUUUGAAAAUACAAGGUGAUAAAACCAUUAGCAAAAGGAUAAAAGUAGCAACUUUCUGUCUUUUUAGUUCUUCACCCAGUAUUCUUGUGUAUUUCAAGAAUUAUACACAGUGUACAUGUACAAAAACACUGAAUAUCACUACGCUCAUCUUGGCAAUAUGACAGUUGUAGUUCGUGUUGUGGAUAGAGAUUGGUAAAUAUCCUUAAUGUUCCUAAUCCCUUCCUUUCACAAGUUUUACAAAUAUGGAACACGGAAGAAUGUAACCCUCCGUAUGGGACGCUUCUCUAAAGUUAAGCGCAUGAUAUACAGAAAUGUUCUGGCAAAAAUAUAGUGAGGACACAAGGGACUAACUUCAAGCAUUGGAGAAGGAAGGAAACUGACUGUAUCUAAUGAAAUAACAAUUUCUAGUGUGAGUAAGCAGUACACGACAAUAACCGCGGUUACACAGAUCCAGAUACUACUUGGAAAAAUAUCUCGAGUACAUCCAUCUCAAAGUAGGUGACGCCCCUUCUUAGAUUGAUAAAUUCGUUGUACAUCAAACACAAUGAUGAGUAACGUUGAUGUAGGAGUUUCAACAAUUCAACUUAACUUGUUUAUUACAACCUAAUAACCACCACCAUACAGGAACUGGAAAGACGAUGACUGACCUUAAGUUAGUGAACCAUAAUUAACUGCACUGUGAAGGCAAAAAAAAAAAUCCUUUAAAUCUCCCUGACGCACCAGACAAUUGCAUGGUUAGACGGAGCUUUUCAAGUUCGUUUUUCUUUCCUGAAUCCUCGAAAACCUUUGACUGACGUUAUUAUAGAUCCAGAUCCACAUUUCACAUGUAUAUUCCUCAGUGCCUCAAGUCACACUUACAAAUAUACAAGAAGACAGAGAUCCAGCAAAAGGGGAUUGGCAACUCCAUGAUCAUUCUCCGCGGUUUUUCUAUUCCACGUUUAGCCUAAUGAUGCUUCCAUCAUUCGUAGUAUUAUCUUCAAAGAAAUUUCUUCAUACAACACAUUUCAAAUUGUAUUCUGUUCUUAACAAUAAUUUUUGUUUCCCCUCAUGCUGGACUGACCAUAGUGCCCGUAUUUUAUAUAAUAUAAUUCUAAGGCACUUUCUAUCAACACCAUCCCUAAAACAUGACUGUAUAAUUCUUUAGUGUCACUUCUCGCCGUGUAAAAGACCGUAUAAACCUUUUAUUCAAUCAUAAAUAGCUUCCUUACUCUCAUAACAUCUUGAGCAAACAGACCACCAGCUUGUAAGUUAAAUUCUUUCCUAGAAAUUUUCCAUGCCUUGUCACUCUUAACGUAUCGCUUUCAUCUUCCAAAAUUACUUAAACUGCUAUUUUCAACCAUUGAUGAUUUCUUUUUCCCUCAGCAUCUUUAGCCAAACGUUAUCUGCAGACUUAUCAAAAAACACUCUCUACCGACCUAGAAAUUCAUUCUCUUCAAGCUUAUCACUUUUUAUAUCUUAUCGUUGAGACGGUACAUCAACUUCUCCUAGUCAUACAACUGCCCAUCAUAUCUACCCAUCUAUCUACCUAUCUUUUUAUCUAUCUAUCUAUAUAUAUAUGCAUAUAU